AUGGUGAAGAUUGAGAGUUCAGGUCUAACAAAAGCCGCUAAGCAUAAACUGCACCCAAAAGUUGGCAGGUCUGUGGAAUCAUGGACGGAGUGGAACUCAGGCAAAAAACACCCAACCCCCCGUUCCCACUCCAAAACCCCGCUCAACCGCCUACCCUCACCGCUUCAGCCCCCAACAGAAUCCGGUGCCCCCGCGGCGUCGGCGGCCCCCGAGCCGUCCCGGUCACUAACCUGCUGCUUCGGAGUUUCCAAGUCUCUCCUUCUCUCCUCCCCGCCCGGCGCUUCCGAGCCCCCUCUCUCUCUUUUCUUUUUAUUUUUCCGCACCGCACAGGCCCCGGGGGCCAAAAAUAAUCGGGGCUCUGGAGAGAGGAGGGUCCCGGCCGCACGGAUAUCGGGCCCCAAGCGGGGAUGGAGGCGUCGGGGGCGGCCGAUGCAACGGAUUGCGAGGCGGCGGCGGCAGCCCGGGUGCUGCGGCCGGCAGCUGAAAAAUGGCUCCAGGAAGCUGCUGCUGACAAUGAAUGAAGGGAUACGGUUUACGCGCCAAGGUCCUCCCGCGAAACUCGGAUUUCCCGCCGGCUUUUCAAACCAUAUUUGCAUAUCCCCGCCCCUCAACCCGCCGAGGACCGUUCCCACAGCCCAUUGGGCCUCUACCUCCUUACUUCAGUCCCAAUCAUGGAGCAGGGCCGCGACUUGCUGGUUUCCAUUGGCUGCCGUGCUUCAUGGUUACCGGGGCGACAGGGACCCUAUUUGCAUAGGCCUCCUUGAUUGGCUGGCAGAAGAGCAGUUUUUUAGGGGGUGGGGCAAAGACUUCUCUCCCACGGAAGACCACGCCUGGCCUAGGCUCCGCCCCUGUCCCCGCCCGCCCGCCGGGCCGGCGCUACUGACCUGGGCAGGGACUCCGCGCCCCGCAGACUCAGUGUAGAUCUAGUCUAGAGCGCAAGUUUCGCUUUUGGAAAUUGUCAAGGUGACUAAGGGAACACUCUUUCCUUUGACCAGUCAGUGCAAUAAACGAACAGCGCAGGAGAUUCUUCCAGAUACGUGCCAAAGGCAAGUUGGACCAUGCGGACGAUGUCUGGCAGGUGCAAAAGGAGCCCUUUAAAUCGUGGGCUUCUCCCUUCCUGAAAUCCAACCAAUGACGCGGCGAGAGCUGAUCCCGAGGCCGGGGCUGAUAGACAGAAGCAUGUGGGCAGACAGAAUCGUGGGGGCAGAAGGUUCAGCAGACGCGAUUGCGGGCACCAGUUAACAUUCCAGAUCAUUCCCGGUACCUUCAUUAUUAGCCUGGAUAGGGGUAAAGUACAAAUUAACUCUUUUGUCUUACAACGAAUAUUGGUUUGAAUCCAGCAGACAUUCCCUCUGGCCCAGAAACACCCAGGGCAGUUAAUCAGGGCUAACCUAGAACUGAUCUGCGGGUUUCUAAUCCGCCAAGCAGUAAUCCGAAAAAGUACACGCUUCCCACGAUGACGUCGUGCCCCCAACGAACGCAGGCACGCCCGGGCAUCAGCACUUUAUAUCUUCAGUUUUGUAGGAAGUUCUCUGACUGGAAGCAAACACAACGACUCAAACCUAUCCCAAAGUAUUUUUAAA